UUGGGGUUGGGGCGGCGGGGAGGAGCGGGCGCUAGAGAAGUGGCUGCAGCCCGCUGGACGAUCAUCCGUGGGGGUUUCUUGUUCUCGUUUCCGCGUCACACCACCUCUUGCCUUAUUGCUCGCCCCAAUUGUUCGUUUGCUUGACAUCUUCCCAUUCAUCUUCCACCCAGCUCUCACCCGACGUCUACCGUCCAUCACCCGCUCUUGCAUCUUCACGGCCGCGUGAGCUAGUGCAAGGGCCAGGCAGGUAAUGACGCUUGACGGAGCAAAAGCAACAAAGGAUGGCUGAUGCAGUGGCGAUGCCUGAACGCCGAAGGGGCGGUCUGAGUCGGGUGAUCUCGAGGAUCAAGCGCGCGGCGAGGAGGUUCAGCGAUGCUCGUGGAAGUGGACGCGGCCGCAGCGAUUCGACGAGAUCUGAUGAUGUUAUGCCUCGUGCACCUUCGCCGCCACAACAAACCACGGAUGAAGACUUACUAGCGGCCUCGGCGGCACCUGUGUUGCGUCAUGAGUCUGUCGAUGUUCAGCGAGUUCCGGCUACAAAUUCAGCGCCUCUGAUAGAAGAUACGGCAGCAACUCCCGCAGUCCCUCGCGAUCACAACUUGCCUCCUGAAGCAGGCAACGACAAUACCGACAACAAUAACGCACCCUUCACAACACCCGUACGAAACACCAGAGACCACUCAACACAAACAGACGUAACCCUCGAGCGAUAUGGGACAGCAUACGCAGAGGGUGAGCCGACUGACAUUGAAGAGAAGGCAGCGCGUACAGGCGAGCAGAAGGACUCCGCUGUUGUGCCCGUGUCCGCGGCCUUGUCGCCUAACAAUGCUCCAAUGGAAGAAGCGCAGGCGCCCCCUGUACCCCUCAGAGACUCGCUCGAGAAAGAUGACGACGGCGCCGACGACAACGAUCCCUAUAUCACGCAGUUGCGAUAUUCUGUCCGUCGCAGCUCUCGACCUGUGAUACAACUGGUGCUCCGGCCUAAGAUGGGCGCGACAGACGGCAGGCUGGGGAUCUACGAAGCCGACGGCGGAGAUGGAAAGCUAGAGCGCGUGUACCGCAGACCGCGGCAGCGCAUCCGCUGGACCUGUGACCGCUGUCAGACGACGACCGCGGCGAGUAAGACUAAGAGAUGUGCGGUGUGUGGGCAUGAAAGGUGCGAGGAUUGCGUUCGAUCUCCGUGAGUCUGCCCCGUGCCUUCAGCGGUCUGGCAGAAUUGCAUGCUGACUGGCGUUCGAAAACACAGGCGCAGAAAGACCGCCGCUCACACCGCUGCACCAGUGGUGGGCCAGGUGCCCCCGACCAAUGCAGUGCCUCCCAUUUCGACCAUGUCUGUUGCGCCGGGAUGAGAUAUCUUAACGACCUCGAAUGACCCUCAUGUUUGUGACUUUCAGCGUGGGUCGCGACUUAUGAUUAUGAAAUAGCUUGCUGGACAUCACCAUUGAUGAGAGGCUGAUAUGGCCCUGCAGUUAAUUGCUUUACGUACUCGCCAGGAGUAGCCUAAUCCGUGGUCUGGCCGACCAUUUAAU